UCAGGUGUUUACAAAAUAUGGGAAGUGUUACAUGUUUAACUCAGGCGAGGACGGCAAACCUCUGCUCACCACGGUCAAGGGGGGGACAGGCAACGGGCUGGAGAUCAUGCUGGACAUUCAGCAAGAUGAGUACCUGCCCAUCUGGGGAGAGACAGAGGAAACGACGUUUGAAGCAGGCGUGAAGGUUCAGAUCCACAGUCAGUCUGAGCCGCCUUUCAUCCAAGAGCUGGGCUUUGGGGUGGCGCCAGGGUUCCAGACUUUCGUGGCCACACAGGAGCAGAGGCUCACAUACCUGCCCCCGCCGUGGGGCGAGUGCCGGUCCUCGGAGAUGGGACUCGACUUCUUUCCUGUUUACAGCAUCACCGCCUGUAGGAUUGACUGUGAGACCCGCUACAUCGUGGAGAACUGCAACUGUCGAAUGGUCCACAUGCCAGGGGAUGCCCCUUUCUGUACCCCUGAGCAGCACAAGGAGUGCGCAGAGCCUGCCCUAGGUCUGCUGGCAGAAAAGGACAGUAAUUACUGUCUCUGCAGGACACCCUGCAACCUGACCCGUUACAACAAAGAGCUCUCCAUGGUGAAGAUCCCCAGUAAGACGUCAGCCAAGUACCUGGAGAAGAAAUUUAACAAAUCAGAAAAAUAUAUCUCAGAGAACAUCCUUGUUCUGGAUAUAUUUUUUGAAGCUCUUAAUUACGAGACCAUUGAACAGAAAAAGGCGUAUGAAGUUGCUGCCUUACUUGGUGACAUUGGUGGUCAGAUGGGACUCUUUAUUGGUGCUAGUAUCCUUACCAUACUGGAGCUCUUUGAUUAUAUUUAUGAGCUGAUCAAAGAGAAGCUAUUAGACCUGCUUGGCAAAGAAGAGGAUGAAGGGAGCCACGAUGAAAAUGUGAGCACUUGUGACACGAUGCCAAACCACUCUGAAACCAUCAGCCACACUGUGAACGUGCCCCUGCAGACGGCCCUGGGGACCUUGGAGGAGAUCGCCUGCUGACAGCCCUCGGACUCCCCGGCAUCCCCCUCCCGCAAACAGACCUUGAGGCCCUGGACCCAGGACAGGGGACUGCAGGCUCAGGUGGGAUGGCCCCUGCCGCCAGAAAGAUGCAAGAGCCCCCUCUGCACACCUAGCCAACUCUCCGCCGAAACCUCGCUCCGGCCACGUCUGGCACGACGCGUCCUCCGGUCCUGCCGGGCGUCCGUCCCUCUCACGAGAAAUGAGUCACGCUCUGGAACUGUCCGAGAAAACCGACCUGCCAUCACAUCUCACUGCCAGAUGUAUAAAACACCUGCAUGCUCUGCCUCCUCAUGGCGCCACCUCCGCGUCUGUCUCUGUACGUGACUCUCUGGUUCCCAGCAGCCCCUCUGCUGCCAUGUGGUGCCGGCGGGAGGACCAGGUUCCAGCCCCAAAGUCACCCCAAGGCCACGCUGGAACCACACCCGAUCCAGAGAGAGACUGCCGAACUCUCAACCACAUCCGGUCCUUCUGGUCCUUGUGUAGUUCGUGAAGGUUCUUAACCUGCCCACAAACCCCCUCCCCUCACCCCCAGGUGGCCCGCAAGGUGACCGGGGCCAACGCCCCCCUCCCCUCCCAGGGCCUGUGAGGGAGGCACGGUGGCCUGGGGGACUCGUCCACGGCACCCACGUCGUCCUGCUCUCCCCGUGACGCAGCUUGUACAGUCUGGUUCUGUUUCUUUGGGGGGGGGGGCCUUUUUUUUGUCUGUCAGAGCUCUGUUUUGUUUUCUGAAUUUGGGUUUUGCUGUUCUGAGGUUUGGUUUGGUUUUUCCAUUUUCUCUGGCAUUUAUUUAUUCGUGCUUCCAAUCUCGGUCAUAUUAAAAGCUGGUCUUGUGGAAA